UCUUCUCCUUGCAGGAUGGACGGAGGAAGUCCCGCCUCCGACUCACUUCUUGUUCCCACCGACCCGGUCCAGUUGGGUCCAGAUUCUCAGAACCAGAUUCAGAGCAGACCCAGCUGCCUGUCCGGGUCAACAGAACCUCCUUCAAGUCCACAAUCAACCGGACCAGAACCACCUGGUUCUGAGCAGGCAGAACCAGGAGGUUCUGCAGGACCAGAACCAGCACCAGAAACAAGUUCCCACCAGGUUCUCCAGAACCCAGAAGGCUCUACAGAUCAGGCUGUGGAGGAACCCGGUUCUGAUCCAUCUGAGGUUCUGACUGCCGGACCAGAGGAACCUGGAGUCCAUCAGAACCUCCAGUGUCCAGAAGAACGCCAUCAGAACCCUGGUGAGUUUCUGUCAGCAGAGGAAGGCGGUUCUACUGCAUCCUGUUUGGGUCGACCCAGCCAUAUGGAGAACCAGGAGGCCACGCCCCCCAGCAGCCAGGUGUGGCCCCGCCCCCCCGGCGCUGCAGGUGAGCCCAGACUGUGCGGCUUCCUGCAGAAGCAGGCGGGGCCCCUGAGGGCCUGGAAGCGGCGCUGGUUCAGCUACGAACAGAACCAGAACCAGCUGUUCUACUUCCGCUCACCGCAGGACGUGGCGCCACUGGGCCGGAUCCGACUCAGCAGCGCCACCUUCACCUGUCCGCUGAACGCCGAGAGCGGCACCUUUCACAUCCAGACGCCCGAACGCACAUUCAUCCUCAAGGCGGUGAGUCAGGAGCUGAUGCUGUACUGGCUGCAGCAGCUGCAGGUGAAGCGCUGGCAGCACCGGGACACGUCUAUUGGACCGGACCGGACCAACAACAACCUGACAGACGACUUCCUGCCGAGGCAGCGUGGUCCUGUGGGCCUGGUGGGCGAGGCGGCGGCCAUCGCUCCGGCCCAGCGCUCCUCGCUCGCCAGCGUCUCCAUCAAACACCCGCUCAUCCAGAUCCAGAACUCGGUCAGUCUGAGGAAGAGAACGUCUCAGGACUCCAGUCAGACCUCAGUGUUCUACGCCGAUGUUCUGCCCUGGACAGGAACCGGGCCGGAGGAAGGCGGCACCCCCACAGAGGGCCCCGCGGCCGACCCGGCAGCUCAGAGGUCGGCGUCUUCGUCCCUCAGCUGGUGGUCCAAGUCCCGGGUCUCGUCUUCCAUGUCGGUCCCCUGCGGGGACGCGGCGUUCUCGGAGCCGACGGCCCACCUGCAGCAGGAGAAGCAGAUGCUGAUGGAGGAGGUCAAGGGUCAGAAGGAGCUGGUCUGGAUCCUCCACAAGGCGCUGGAGGCGGCGCAGCUGGAGAAGCGCAUCUGCAGCGAGUUCCUGGCGGCGCAGGACGAGCGGCGGCGCCUGGAGCUGCUGCGGCACGGCGAGCGGCUGGCGGCGGACCUGAGGGCCCGGCUGGAUGGCGCCAAGAUGGAGGCCGAGGCGCUGAGGCGUCGCCUGGACGACAGAGACGCUCAGCUGGCUGAGCUGCAGGAAGAGGUCAGGCUGCUGGAGGAGAAGAACGCCGCCAAGCAGCAGGUCAUCAUGAAGCUGACUGAUCAGGUGACCUCCUGCCUGUCGGAUCCUCGGCACCAGGACUCCUCUGGGUCCGUCCAGAACCCUCAGGACCACAGGCAGCAGAUGGAGAAUCUCAAGGACGACUUGGUGGCGUAUCAAACCCAGAACCGGUUCCUGAACUCGGAGAUCUACCAGCUGACCAAACUGUGGAGGAAAAGCUCCGAGCAGGAGAGGAGCCUGAUGGCGAAGUGUGCGUACCUGGAGGCCGCCAACUGCCAGAUGGAGAGCCGUUACCUGGGCGUCCUGCAGAGGCUGCAGGAGGCCAAAGCUCUGGCGCCGGAGCAGCAGGAGGCCGUGCAGCGGCUGAUCCAAGACGCCCUGGGAGGAGAGCCGAAGGGCGUCGUGAAGCUGAGCGCGGACAGGGAUCACGACGACUACGGCUUUAAGAUCGUCCCCGACUACGAGGUGGAGGACAUGAAGCUGCUGGCCAAGAUCCAGGCGCUGGAGAUCCGCAGCUGCAGCCUGCUGCAGCAGGACAGCAUGGAGCGCCUGCUGGCCCGCUGGGCACAGUACCUGGCCGGCCGCUCUGAGGACGACCUGUGUCCGUCUCCAGAGCUGAAGGUUCUGCUGCGCGCCGGCGUCCCUCAGCAGUACCGGCAGAGAAUGUGGCGCUGGCUGGUCCGGACCAGAACCAGAACCGUCUGGGAGCGCCACCCCCAGCGGUACCAGCAGCUGUGCGAAAAGAGCCGGACGUCGCCGCACCCAGCCUGCAGGCAGAUCCAGCUGGACCUGCACAGAACCCUGACCACCAAUCAGAACUUCUCCUCGCCCUCAAGCCCCGCCCUCCAGCAGCUGCGCCACAUCUUGCUGGCGUUCUCCUGGCACAACCCAGCAGUCGGCUACUGCCAGGGGCUUAACAGGCUGGCGGCCGUCGCCCUGCUGGUCCUGCAGAGCGAGGAAGACGCCUUCUGGUGCCUGGUGGCGCUGGUGGACGGCAUCAUGCCUCAGGACUACUACACUAAGAACCUGCUGGCCUCUCAGGCCGACCAGCGGGUCCUGAAGGACUUCAUGGCAGAGAAACUCCCCCGGCUGGCGGCUCACCUGGAGGGUCACGGGGUUGACGUGUCGCUGGUCACCUUCAACUGGUUCCUGGUCGUCUUCGUGGAGAGUCUGCCCAGCGGCAUCCUGCUGCCGCUGUGGGACGCCUUCCUGUACGAGGGCUCCAAGGUGAUCUUCAGGUACGCUCUGGCCCUGUUCAAGUACAAAGAAGACGACCUGCUGAAGAUCCACGACAGCGUGGAGAUCUACCAGUACCUGCGCUUCUUCACCAAGACCGUCACCGACAGCAGGAAGUUGGCGGCCAUUGCUUUCUGCGACAUGAACCCGUUCCCACGGCGCCUGCUGAGGAACCGGCGCGCGCUGCAUCUGGAGCGCCUGCAGGGGGAGCUGCAGGCGCUGGAGGAGCAGCAGAAGGAGUUUGUGACAGAGAGCGCCGAGCGGAAAGACAAGGAGCUGGAUCUGGCCAGUGAAGACGACGACGAGCUUUAAUGAGAGGCAAAGCUCCAAAUAAAUGUUCUUCAUUAAACCAGAACAUUUCUGGAUUUUAUCAGGUCCACCACAACAGAAGCUAACAUCACUUCAGGAAUUAUCUAAGAGUUUCUAAGAUUUUCUCUCAGGAAUUAAAGGCAUCUCAGUUCUUCA